CGUUCGGUCUUGUCGCGAUCUCGAUAUUUACGCGUAGUCGAAGUGCACGAACAUAUUUUUUAAAUGAUUCAGGUUUUCCGGUUUUUGGAUUUCGGUGCGGAUUUUUUUUAAACUGUAUUUUUUUCUUUAGUGUUUUAAGAGAUUUGUACGAAUCAGAAUUAUGCGUUUUAAAAGACAUCUCGAUUUAGUUUGCAUAGUUCUUCCUCAAACAUUUUAGUUUUUGUUUAUUUAUUUGUUGUGUUUUAACGUUUUAAAACUAAAGGAUGAUGCAGAUUACUGAAAACCGUUGGAGUAAUUUUUAAAAUUUACCUUAUUGCAAGAUUCAUCUUUAAGCACACACAGGUGUUUCUAUACCAAGAUAUUCAUUAUAUAACCUGAGUGAAAAUGGAAGGGGCUCACCGACAGUUUCAUCCAAUAAGAAGGCGAGCAACCCCUAUACCUGUGGCACCUCCCAGGAUCCCUACGCCCAUGCCAGCAAAUAAUAAUAAUGGACCCAGUCGGUCAUCCAAUUCAACAAAAGACACCAUUAACGAGGAUUGUACAAGUAAAAACCUGCAAUCUGCGGCCAUGUCAACGUCCAUGUCUGGACAAGACACUCACCAGCAACGGCUUAUCUCAAAGACUCCAUUCCGACUUCUGGAUAAUGAUGUCAAAACUGCCUGGAUCAAUCCUAGAUUAAUAUCAAAGGUUGACCUAGAUCUAAUUAAAAAAACCGACUACGUGCCGUCUGCAUAUGAACGUAACAUGAAUGGCCAACCUCAUCAACAAAUUAACAAUCCUCACCACCUGACGACCACGGCGACAACGAAGACUUCUUCUUGCGGAAGAGUACACGACCGAGAGUGGGAGCAUCAGACCUCUUCGGCGGCCCUGAAUGGACGCUCGAAACACGGAACUCUAUCAGUGCCUACCGCAACGUUAACCGGAGCAAACCCGGAGAAUCCCGGAGCCGUUUCGCGACGUAUCACGCGCCCAAAGAUUGCUCUUAAUUCGCGCGCCAAAAAUAUGCCUCUUGAAACUUCGUCAAAGGCGCUUCCUAGUACAAGAAGCGCCAGUAAAAGUAAAUUGCCGCAAAGCGCUUCUAGAAAUGUUAAACAAAAGAAUAUUCAGCCAGUCGUGGCUAAGAAUCCGAUAACUUUAAGUCCUCAAGCUCUUAAUACUAGCCCAUUUAUGGUAAACGGUCCACAUGCCAUUCCACAGCUUAGAGGAAUGGCCUAUCAUCAGCAAAACUUAGUGUGUGACAGUGCUGGUUUAUUCGGAGUAUACGCGGAAACUAAAUAUGUUUACGCUGUAAAUACUGUUGGUAAUAAUUUAGCUCAAGCUAGUGCUGCCGCUGCUUUUUUUGCAAGAGCGGCUCAAAAACUAAAUCUUUCUUCCUCGCCCCAUAGAAGAAAACGAUACAAUUCUGAUGAAACGGAUCCAGGAGGGUUUUGUGGCGCAUUGCAAAAAUGCCCUCCUCCGGUACCACCUGCGCUUCUCAGAAGAAUUGGAGUUAGAGAAGUUUCGGGAGUUGGAAAGGUGAAAGUAAUGCUGAGAGUGCCAAAUCCAAUACAAAAUGCAAUUCAAGAUUCUGGAGGGGGAUCCAAUCAUUUCUUUAGUUUGGACAAGCGGAAAAAGCAGGUUACAUUAGUAGAUCCUAGCAUUUUAAAUGGAUCUUCAGCCCCAGAAGAUCGAAGGGUCGGUGUAGCCGCACCAAAAAUGUUUGCUUUUGACGCCAUAUUUAGCCAAGAUGAUUCUCAGAGUGAGGUAUGCUCAAGCGCAUUAACUGACGUCAUUCAUGCUGUGAUCAAUGGUACUGAUGGAUGCUUAUUUUGUUUCGGACAUGCAGGCUUAGGGAAAUCCUAUACAAUGUUGGGUACGCCAGAAAAUUCUAAUACUCUUGGCAUUGUCCCUUGUGCCAUCUCUUGGUUAUUUAAGGGAAUUAAUGAGCAGAAACAGAAAACUGGAGCCAGGUUCUCUGUGCGUGUUAGCGCGGUGGAGAUAAACGGACCAACCAAUCAAAUUCGAGACCUUUUAGCAGGAUAUUCAAAUGACUCUGAACAAUCUCCAGGAAUGUACCUUAGAGAUGACCCGCUUUUUGGCAAUCAACCUCCUCACUGCGAGCUUAGGGUGCCAUCUGCAGAAAAAGCCGCACACUACUUAGAUGCUGCUAUAGAUGGAAGAACACCUUCAUCGAGAGAUGAUUCUCGGGACUCGCACCUUUUAUUUACACUACAUGUUUACCAAUAUAGUGUUGCUGGAAAAGGAGGAGUUGCCGGAGGAAGAUCAAGGCUUCACCUUAUUGACCUGGGAAACUCAGAACGAGGUAAAGCGAGUGGAGGCAUACCUUUAUCCGGCGUAGGAAAUAUUCUGUUAGCAAUUUUUAAUGGCCAAAAGCAUUUGCCUUACAAAGAACAUAAACUAACCCAUCUUCUAAAAGACUGUCUCAGUUCCUUAACCUGUCAUGCUGCCAUGAUAGUUCACGUCUCGCCGUUUGCACAAAAUUAUGCCGAAACACUAACUACCGUACAACUUGCUUCGAGGAUUCAUAGGAUGCGCAGAAGAAAAAUUAAAUUUGUCUCCACUGCAACUGGAAAUGGCUCAGGUGGUUCAUCAGGUGAAGAACAAACUCGUACAACAGGGACCAGUAGUGAACCCGAUCCAUCUAGUAGUGACUUAUCGGCUGAUACAGUAAUUUACGUUGGUAGGGCUGACGAUGCUACAGAUGGAGAACACCCUCCUGUUUAUAUACCUAGUUUGAAUUCUGGAGAUAAUCGAUGUUCAAUGAGCAAAGCACUAAGAGGUUCAUCAGCAGAGCAGCGUCCCAUAAAAUCAUCUCCAAAACUAGAUCGUGACAUGCCAGAAAAAUCGUCCACCUACCGUCCAAUAAAAACUCCGUGUCAGAGUGCCAAGACAUCGCCGGCGCAUACUAGUACGUCAAAGGGAUCACCCAGUAGGAUACCAUCAAUUAAAAAACCCAUAGAAACCGCGAAACAUUCUGUAAAUGGCGCUAGUGAUGAACAGUGGAUUGACGGACCCAGGAUAUCUAAAAGUAAAGUUGCUGAAGCACGGCAUUUGGUUAAAGAACCUUGUCAUAUUAAAAAACGGGAAACUUGGAUCGAUGGUCCCAUGCAAGGUACAGCGCACGAGGCAUCGCAGGGGUAUGGUUACAUGGACUCACAUAAAAAACAUAUGAUCCGUAAAUGGGUCGAACACCAGACAUUUCAGAUCCAAAAAUCUAAAUAUCAGCCUGGAUCUUCUCCUGCAGCUCAUCCCAGAAAUCAGCAAGAAGCGUCAAGCUCUUCACGACAUGGAAGAGGAGAUAACAAAGAACUUACUCAGUUUAAAACGUGUUCAUCCGAAAAUGUCCAUGAGGAUGAAGCUGUAUUUAAGCCAAUCAGUUCUGGUAAAAAAAAUGAGAUUGUUGAAGAAAGUGUUAUAAGAACUGGGUUAAAGCUUAAUAGAGCAGAAAAUUCAAUCCUCGAGGCAGAUACUCCAACAGACGACCAACAGAAAAAGUCCGAAAGUGAUGAUGAAGAAGAACCAGAAUUCCCACCAGCUUUGCCUAUCAUACAACCUUUAAGUUCGCGUGAAGUGUCUUUGGAGAGCUUGGAUAUGAUUUUAAAGGAACGAAUGCUUUCUAAUGCUGAGUACAACAAAAGUUACCAACAACAAAAUUUUAAUGACCAAAAGGACCAAAUAAGUAACCAGGAUGAAGAGGAUGAAGUUCUUGAAAUUAUUGAGGUUGAAGAACCCUUAGAGCCCGUACCAAUGAUGGACAGUUGCCUACAGGUCACUGAAGAAGAUAUUGCACUUUGUAUGGGCUUGUCUGAAAAUCCACUGCCCGAGGUAGACCAAGAAAAUCCUUUGGAUCAUCCCCUAAGGAUAUUAAGUCAAGAAAAUUUGACUGUAGUUUCUACUUUUACGGAUUCAAUGAGUGUUUUUACAGAUCUGGAGAGGAUAUUGCCUAGGCAUAGGUAUGAAAGGUAUUAUGAUGACUAUGAAGAUCCAGACAAUCCUUAUCCGCGAACUAAUGGAAACCUUUCGUAUGAUGAUACUACAAGAAGGAAAUUCGACCAACUGGCAAGAUUACACGAGCUUUACAGUAAUAGACUGGCCAAAGCCACGGUUGGAAACUCCGAAACUUUUCAAUCUCAAGAAAGUAGUCAUCAUGAAGGAAGUCACCCAAAGUUACUAACGAGAUGCGAGAGUCUUACUUUAAAUGACAUGCUUUACGGUGGCAUGCAGCAAGAUAUACCAGACAAUAGUAGUAUCUACUCAGAACCAGCCUAUGUUCAAGAAAAGUUCUGCGAGAAUUGUAGAAGUAGCAUAAGCAGGCCCAACACGGUUCAGAAUUGGUACGAAAAUAGUUUUCUAAGUGCCAGUACUCAAGAUUUAAGCCGACCUUGUGAUGUUAGGAGUGGUAGAUUUCAUCAAGGACGAAAUUAUUGUCAUAGCAAGUUAACUAAUAGGGAGACUAAUCUGGCUUUUUUAAGGCAUCCCGACGGUGCAUCGAACCCAAAUUUACUCAAAGAGACAGCGUCUAGAAGUGCGCUGUCAGGUGCACCGUCGAGUACCGAUCCGCAAUACCAAAAAAAUACAGCUUCUAUGAAUUCAGGACCCUCGAUAACCUCACAGCCACAGACAGCUCAUAUACCACCUCCUAGUUCGUUGCCGUCCACCGAAAGGGUCAAUCGGGCGAUUCUAAGUCUCGAAACUGGAUUGAAACUUACUCAAAAAAUUGAGGAGUACGAUUCUGGACAUGACUCUACGCCAAGAACUUCAAAACAUAGUCCGGCUGCUAUUUCCCGAAGAGCUGAAAGUGGCUACGAUUCCGUGGUCAGAGAUAGUGAGAGCAGUUCCAUAGACUCUGAACCAACCCGUUUCUCACAUGUAAAUCGACGAGGGAAAUGUAAGCACAAACACGAAAAAAGCUUUUGUUCCUGGUUUCUAAAUCCUUUUACCUGUAAAUAUAUUGACGAACCCCCUGAGACUCAUUUUUAGAAUUAAGCCGAUUUUUAUAGCCAAUUAUGUAAUUAUUUUAAUUCUGUGUUAUAAAACUAAAAUAAUAUAAAAUUGUAUCAUACUCUCAAAGAAUUUGUUAAAAGAAUCUGUCUUUUAUACCCACUGCUAUUAAAAACUAUCAUAGACUUUUUACAAAUGUAUUUAUAUACUAGUUAACAUCUAAUCAAGAAAAUUAUGAAUUUAAAAAGCUUCCCUAUAUUUGUAAUUUCUCUAUAACCUCUUUUAUAUUAAUUCUGACUCUAUUUUUAUAAAAUGUGUAUUCCCAAAACGAAUCUGUUUAUGAUCUCAGGACUCGGUAGACUGUAUACGCUUGUUGCACCUAUAAAUAAUACUCAUUUUUUUACUCCCUUACUUGUACAAAAUAUUCAAUAAUAUACAAACUCUUUCUUUGAUACAAUGCCAAGACCAUAUUAUACAAUUAAGUAUAAGCAGAUAAAAACUAUGUAUACUCUUCUGUCUAUAAUUAAUUAUUAAGCGAUAUUCUUCAAAUAUUUUGUUACCUUCAAUACAUAUGUCCAUUAUAUAGAAAAUACAGGGGCUCGCUAAAAAUUGUGUUCAACGAGGUAAUUUUAAUUCUUGAAUAAAAUGGAAGUAAUAUCUUUUAAACGCCAUUUUUGCCUAUUAAUGUUGUAGCAAAAUGUCUUAUAUAUGUAUAUCUUAGGUCGAAAAUCAGGCAAAUAUUUUUGCCUCUUUUCUUCUUAUAUUUUGGGACUUAACUCUAUUAUAGCUUGCGAAGCUCUACAAUGAAAAAAACUAUUAACUUUAGGUGGCUCAUUUUUUUAUAUAAUCAAGUGUUAUAUUUAUCAAAUAUUACGAACAAGUGGCUUGAAUCUCUUUAGCAUCCUAAAACUAGUUUUUGCUCCAAUAUACCAGAUCUAACUAAUUUGUUAAAACUUCUUUUUUGCAACAAAUUGAAACGCGAUUUUAUUUUGUUUCUUAUCACUAUGUAAUAAUUGCUUAGAGGUCUUUUAAUUCACGUUUAUUUAUAAUAAUUUUACAAAUUUCAUAACUUAUAAUACUCUUCCUUUUAAAAAAACAACUAAAUAAGGCAAGAGUGAUUAAAUGACUUUUAAUUUUCCUAUUUUAAUUGGCACUUAACAGAACUUAUUAGGAGAUCUGAGCAGUAUCGUUGCUCUUUGCUCCGUAUAGAGAUAUACGUACUAUAGGUAGCGCUUGCUUCCAGUAGGGGUAAUUUUAGUAAAGUACUAUUAAGCUAGAAGAAUUUAUUCACCACGUCCAUAUACCUGCCAACUAUUGUGUUUUAACUUGUGAAUGCAUAAAGAAAUAAAAUAUAGCAUGAGAGCCGUAACUAAGUAAGUUAAAACUUUACAAACACGGGUUUAUGUCGCUUUUCUGGAAAAUCAUAUUUUGUGUCUUAAUUAAAUUAAAAACUAUAUAACACAUUAUAACACACUUUUAGUUUUAUUUUAUUAAAACAUUUAUUUUUUAUGCGAAGUGUUCGCAGACUUUUAAGUACAGAUCAGAGAACAUAGAACCCUCCUACUACGAGGACAUCAUUUGCAAUAUGCACAUAUGGCUUUAAAAUUUUGCGCCACCUGUAACUAAGAAAAUGAACGAUGAUUUUUCUACCGGGAUGGUGGAGGCGCCGUCUAUUAUUAUAACGAUUUUUAUUCAAACUUCUUGGCGGAUUACGUUAAUUUUUAUAUGAAAUCCUGACUUAUAUAUUUACAUAUAAUACUUAAAAUGAAUAAAAUGGAAGUAAUAUCUUUUAAACGCCAUUUUUGCCUAUUAAUGUUGUAGCAAAAUGUCUUAUAUAUGUAUAUCUUAGGUCGAAAAUCAGGCAAAUAUUUUUGCCUCUUUUCUUCUUAUAUUUUGGGACUUAACUCUAUUAUAGCUUGCGAAGCUCUACAAUGAAAAAAACUAUUAACUUUAGGUGGCUCAUUUUUUUAUAUAAUCAAGUGUUAUAUUUAUCAAAUAUUACGAACAAGUGGCUUGAAUCUCUUUAGCAUCCUAAAACUAGUUUUUGCUCCAAUAUACCAGAUCUAACUAAUUUGUUAAAACUUCUUUUUUGCAACAAAUUGAAACGCGAUUUUAUUUUGUUUCUUAUCACUAUGUAAUAAUUGCUUAGAGGUCUUUUAAUUCACGUUUAUUUAUAAUAAUUUUACAAAUUUCAUAACUUAUAAUACUCUUCCUUUUAAAAAAACAACUAAAUAAGGCAAGAGUGAUUAAAUGACUUUUAAUUUUCCUAUUUUAAUUGGCACUUAACAGAACUUAUUAGGAGAUCUGAGCAGUAUCGUUGCUCUUUGCUCCGUAUAGAGAUAUACGUACUAUAGGUAGCGCUUGCUUCCAGUAGGGGUAAUUUUAGUAAAGUACUAUUAAGCUAGAAGAAUUUAUUCACCACGUCCAUAUACCUGCCAACUAUUGUGUUUUAACUUGUGAAUGCAUAAAGAAAUAAAAUAUAGCAUGAGAGCCGUAACUAAGUAAGUUAAAACUUUACAAACACGGGUUUAUGUCGCUUUUCUGGAAAAUCAUAUUUUGUGUCUUAAUUAAAUUAAAAACUAUAUAACACAUUAUAACACACUUUUAGUUUUAUUUUAUUAAAACAUUUAUUUUUUAUGCGAAGUGUUCGCAGACUUUUAAGUACAGAUCAGAGAACAUAGAACCCUCCUACUACGAGGACAUCAUUUGCAAUAUGCACAUAUGGCUUUAAAAUUUUGCGCCACCUGUAACUAAGAAAAUGAACGAUGAUUUUUCUACCGGGAUGGUGGAGGCGCCGUCUAUUAUUAUAACGAUUUUUAUUCAAACUUCUUGGCGGAUUACGUUAAUUUUUAUAUGAAAUCCUGACUUAUAUAUUUACAUAUAAUACUUAUUCUAGUAUCUGAGCUAUCAUUUAAGAUCAAAUUAAAUGGAAAUAUGCUAUAUCUUAAGAAAUGGGUGAUUUUUGUUUCGUGAUUUUCAAGAUCAUCAAUAUCUAUAAUAAAUAUUGCUUAAUUAAACCAAAUAAUUUUUAACUUUAGAAAACAGGAUCUGUUUUAGGAAACAGAUUAAAUUAAAAGAAAAAAAAGCAAACAGAAAAAAUACUCAAAAUUCAUAUAAAGUGAUUUUCUAAGAGAACUAAUAAUAUUAGUUUAUAUUUCUUGUCUUCUUUCCUUACCUCACUUAAAUAUGUAUCCACUAUUGCCAUUAUUAAAACAAAAUUACAAUAUGAUUUGAAGCAACUGGCUGACCACGAUUAAAAUGGGUUUUCAGUACGGGAAAUUUAUUAAAUAUCUAGUUUAAUUUCUGCACAAUUCAGCACACAGCUCUGACAAGUUAUUUAGCCAUCAAUGAUAGUUUUGUUAUAAAUAGUAAUGUUUAUAAAUAGUAUACUACAUUCACGUAUUCGUGAACCAAAAACACGAAAUAUACAUAGAAGUAGAAGAAAAAAAUAUGGUCAAAAACAACAACAUCAUGAAAAACACUUUAGCGUAUAGCGCAACCUGGGAAUAAAAUAAUGUUCUAAAAAUCUCAUGGGAAGGAUAUGUUCUGUGGUACACUAAGCGUGCACUCAUCGAUGACGCAUCUACUCAGACACACUCAUUUAUUUUUGUGAAGAAACAGCAUAAUAAGUCCGUUUAUCUAUAUAUAAUGGCAAAAACAAUUGCUUUGGAUUAAUUUGAGAAAAUAAAAUAAUAUAUUAGUUAUUGGUAGGAAUCGCCAAAAAAUACUUCCUUUCGAUUAUAGGCAAAUGAGGUUUCCAUAAAACUUUCUCCAUAUUGGCCAAUAUAUAUAAGGUAUUUUUUAAUGGACACUAUUUAUAAUAUGCACCAUAAAAGGUCUACAGACGCAUCAUUUUCACUGCAGAACAUAAACUGAAAUGGAUAGUGCCAAUUAAAGUCAGAAUCCUCAUAAUUAUGUACUUGGGCUGGCAAUAGUCUUGGCCUGCAUUAUGGAUGUAUUUUUUUGUCCGCCUUGAUGCACACCAUCCUCUCGGUUCUGGAAUUUAGCAUUUAUAAUUUUAGAAAGUUCAACAGUUUGCCUUUGUCCUAGUUGAUAGGGCAGAUAAGCUCUAAGCCCUACAGUUUUACCUGCAAGUGUUAAUAUUAUUUCGUUUAGAAAAAGUAUUCAUUAGAAUUCAUAUUAAAUUAGUAUGAGUAUAAAUAAUAUUGUGAUUGAUCAAGGAAUUAGUUGAUAAUAUUACUAUUUGAAAUGGGGUCUAUUCAGAUAGGUCUCUAAUUAUUUCACAUUCGAUCCACACCUUGCUUCUCAUCUGAAGAUAAGACAACUUAAUAUCUUCGUUCAUAUGGCUUAUUUUGUUUCGUAUCGAGUUCAGUUACUAGUAUUUUUUUGAGUUCUCUGAUGACAAUCUUUCUUUUGAAAUAUUUAGCUGUUCUCUUACAUCUUACUCAUUGUACUAUUCUGUAAACACUAUUAGGGAAUAUUAGUCAUAAUCCUGGCAGCUUUUAAUAAACUUUUUAAGUCCUUAUACAUUAAAAAAAUUUAUGGCCAAUGGUUUUUUAAACAGAAAUAACCUUGAUAAUUAAAUAUAAGCCUAAAUAUAGGCUGAAACAUCGGCAUUCCUUUCGAAACAAACUCAGUUUUAUUUGAAAUUCUAAGCCUGCUACAUUUUUUGUCCAUUUAACACUUAAGGCGCUAAACUUUAUUAAUUAUAUAAUUCAAUAAAAUGCAGUGUUACACUGAACAUAAAAUUAGGUUUUAUCAAAAAAUGCAAUUUAAAUUAUAAGAUAUCGGCAACAUUAUUUGUCUGUCCAAUAGGUUCUAUGAUUUUACAUUUUACAUAGUAUGGUCAAAAAAAUUAUAUUUUAUUCUUUAAAAAAUCUAUAUGCUCACUACCAAAAAGCUGCAUGAAUUCCAUUCUACUUUUAACACAAG